AUGGAGGAGAACUCUCAACGGACAGAGGAGACCGACGAACAAGGACGAGGUCGACGCAGGGCGAGGCCGGCGGAUGACGGCGAGGCCAGCGAAGGAGGGCGAGGCCGGCGGAUGACGGCGAGGCCUAGCGGAGGAGGGCGAGGCGGCGGAGGAGGGCGAGAUGAUGAAAUUGGAAAUUAUUUCCUUGGCUCAUGGACGAAGAUGGCAGUGGAUGACACUAUGGAUUUCAACAUUGAAACAGUUCCAAAAGGGGAUAUAAAACGAAGGCAUUCAACUUUGGGAACUUGUAAUUCAGGGCAACUCAUUAUUGUUGUGGGUAUGUAUGAAUACCAUUGUUAUUUUCCCAGGGACAUCGAUUUUAAUAUGGAUGGAGAUUUUGCCAAGUUACAAUCCUUCAAGAUGGACAUGCCAGACCUUGAUUUCUCAAGCCCCGAACAUGUUUUUAAAUCGAAGCAAAAAGUGGAUAGAGGAUCCUCUAGUGGACAGCAGAAAGGAAAAUUAGACACCUUUGACAUCUCUUUUGAUUUUGACGGAUUCAACCUCGAUGAAGACAUAAUCAAGGUAGAUGGUAACGCUCCCGCAACAAAGCACACUGAUAAAAUUGGGGCUGGCUGUGAACGUCAUGAUGGAUCUGAAAGCAGUCAGACAGAGGACUCGGCAGCAUCAGAGAAAAUUAUCAAUCAUGCGGUGAAGACUGCUGUAGCUCCUGAAGGAAUUGAAAUUCCUCGAGAUGAUAGUACAGUAGGAACUUUCGUUGAGCAUGCAGCAGAAAGCUCAUCAGAAGAAACAGUUGGUGUUAGAACUGAAGCAACAAAUCAACAGGGCUCAUCCUCAGAUGUUUAUACUCCCAUCCCAUGGAUCAAUGUAACCCAUCCCAAGAUGAAGGCAUGCCCAAUGACCAAUAUGCUAAGUAUGGUUUGCAGUCCACGGCAUCACAAUCCCUUGGUGGGAGCGAUUCUAUCCCAGUCAGAUGUACCGUCGGAGGCUGAUUACUUGGGUUCGAGAGUGACUAGGAGGCAUGGGCGAUGGCGUGCGCAGUGGAAGAACGUCUCCGUGGGUCAAGGUGGGCAGGAACGUCAUGUCGGUGAUGAAGAAGACACUUUUUCUCGAAAGCACAGUGGAGUAGUUGCUGCAACAUGGUGGUGGCGUGUGAGCAGUUGUGCAGAGGAGGCAUGGGCGAUGGCGUGCGCAGUGGAAGAACGUCUCCUUGGGUCAAGGUGGGCAGGAACGUCAUGUCGAAAAUCUGGUGAUGUUAGGCCUCCUCUUGCUUCACCUAGUCUCCAUUUCUCCUUGUUUGGGAGUUCUGAAUUGGCUAGCAAGCAGUUGAACCAUCUCGGAAGCGUGAAACCCGAUGUUCAAACUGGCCGAAACUCGGGUAGUCAACUGAAGCCACGUUUUUCUGAGAUGAGAAAAGGUGCACCACCUCCUUUACUAGUUGGUAUGAAGAAUGUUCAAAGUACAGCUACCAACAGUUUUUGCAAGGAUCAUGGAGUACAAGAGAUUAGCGUGCUAAAUGAUUAUCCAAUACUUGCUGAUAAAGUGGUAGAUAAAGGGGAACCUGUCAUUCUUAGAAGUGUAAGCAACAUGAAGGAUCCUGAUAAUACUAGAAAGGGCAGCUCUGUUGAUAAGAUAACCAAGUUGAACAUCUCGAGAAGUAUGAAGUCCUCCUUACCGGCUACGAGAUCAAUUCCGAGUUCAAAGGAUCAUACCUGUUACCACACUUAA